UCGCUCCCGCCAAGAGAAAAUAAUACAGCUUCCUGCAUCGCCCUUCCACCAGACAUAUAAAACCCCCACCGUGGCCCCCUCCCCCAUUACAGCCUUCAUUCUCCGAAUCCUCAACGUCGGCCGAAGGAAAGAAAUCUGUCAAAAUGAUAGCAUUAAAAGCCACGCUGCCGUUGUUGGAUAGGCUGUGGGUUUGGGUGCAGUGGAGACGGACUCAGCACUGUGACGAAGGGGACUCAGAGCAUGUGGGGCUGACGCCAGAGAACUGGCACAGUUUUCUCCACCAGCGGGAGGAAAGCACAUUACAGUCAGAAGCACUUGCCUCAAUUUGAUGUAGAAAGGAAUUUUCAAGGACAAUUAUUCCAUUUGUUUGGGUGGAAGGCGUGAGUGUAUUUCUAUGCAUGUCGGCCAGGCCGGAGCCCAGAUGGGCAAUGCAUGCUGGGAACUGUACUGCCUGGAACACGGGAUCCAGCCUGACGGACAGAUGCCCAGUGAUAAGACAAUCGGAGGGGGAGAUGACUCCUUCAACACCUUCUUCAGUGAGACUGGGGCUGGUAAACACGUUCCUCGUGCGGUCUUUGUAGACCUGGAGCCAACCGUCAUCGACGAGGUCCGCACAGGUACCUACCGCCAGCUGUUCCACCCUGAGCAGCUGAUCACAGGCAAGGAGGACGCUGCCAACAACUAUGCCCGUGGUCACUACACCAUUGGCAAGGAGAUCAUCGACCUGGUACUCGAUAGGACUCGCAAACUGGCUGACCAGUGCACUGGGCUCCAGGGCUUCCUGAUCUUCCACAGCUUUGGAGGAGGCACCGGCUCUGGGUUCACCUCUCUGCUGAUGGAACGUCUCUCUGUCGACUAUGGGAAGAAGUCCAAGCUUGAGUUUGCUGUUUACCCUGCUCCCCAAGUUUCGACUGCUGUGGUGGAGCCUUACAACUCCAUCCUGACCACCCACACCACCCUGGAGCACUCGGACUGUGCCUUCAUGGUGGACAAUGAGGCCAUCUAUGAUAUCUGCCGCAGGAACCUGGACAUUGAGCGCCCCACCUACACCAACCUCAACAGGCUGAUUGGUCAGAUCGUCUCCUCCAUCACCGCCUCCCUGCGUUUCGAUGGAGCUCUCAAUGUGGACCUGACAGAGUUCCAGACCAACUUGGUGCCUUACCCCCGUAUCCACUUCCCUCUGGCCACCUAUGCUCCAGUCAUCUCUGCUGAGAAGGCCUACCAUGAGCAGCUGUCUGUUGCUGACAUCACCAACGCCUGCUUUGAGCCAGCCAAUCAGAUGGUGAAAUGUGACCCACGUCACGGCAAGUACAUGGCCUGCUGCCUGCUCUACCGUGGUGACGUUGUGCCCAAAGAUGUCAACUCUGCCAUCGCCACCAUCAAGACCAAGCGCACCAUCCAGUUUGUGGACUGGUGUCCCACUGGCUUCAAGGUCGGUAUCAACUACCAGCCACCCACAGUGGUCCCUGGAGGAGAUCUGGCCAAGGUCCAGAGAGCUGUGUGUAUGCUGAGCAACACCACCGCCAUCGCUGAGGCCUGGGCCAGGCUUGACCACAAGUUUGACCUGAUGUACGCCAAGAGAGCCUUUGUGCACUGGUAUGUGGGAGAGGGCAUGGAGGAGGGAGAGUUCUCAGAGGCCAGAGAAGACAUGGCAGCCCUGGAGAAGGAUUAUGAAGAGGUGGGUACUGACAGCAUCGGAGAAGAGGAUGAAGAAGGAGAGGAGUACUAAAGGGCGUAACUCCUGAUCUGCUGAUGUUACAUUAAUAUAGUCUACCAGUCCCGGAUAGUGCAAGUAGUAAGAAAACAACAAAAAGGGUUUAACGGACUAAUAUUGGAAAUCAUUCCAUAGAGUAAGCACAUUCCACCCAGCUACAAGAAGAACCUUCCUGCCUCACAUCAGCCAUUUUGAAUAAAAUGUGAAAGAAAAAAAA